AUGGACCAAGAAACUUCCAUUUCUCAGAAGAUGAUGUCUGCCGUCUCUGGCAGCAUUCUGACCUCGUUACUUGUCACACCCCUCGACGUUGUGCGCGUUCGACUACAAGCUCAAUCUGGUCCGUCUCCCCUCAAUGCUUCUACCCAGCCCUCCUUUGCGCGCCUCCCUCCCAAUCUCGGUAUCUCGGCAUGCUGUAGAGAGGUCUACUACGUCCCCAACCAAAGCCCAUACUGCAUUGCCUCGUCCACUGGUUUUACUGUCGACGAAAUGCUUAUUUCUCAAUGUGCGGCAGAGGAGACUGAGCGAAGAACUUUCAACUCCACAAUCGAUGGCUUGAAGAAGAUCGCGCGGAAUGAAGGCCUUACAACUCUCUGGCGCGGCUUGAGCCCCACUCUGCUCAUGUCCGUCCCUGCCAACGUCAUCUAUUUUGCUGGUUACGAUUGGUUGCGCGCAAACCCGAACAGUCCCAUGAAGGACCGCGUAUCCGACAACUAUGCUCCCCUCUUUGCUGGUUCUAGUGCCAGAGUGCUUGCCGCCAUCGUCGUUAGUCCCGUCGAAAUGUUCCGCACUCGCAUGCAAGCCAGUCAUCCCGAAACUGCCACCCCGACCGGUGUAUUCAGAGACACCUUGUCUGAUGUAAAAGAGAUGGUCAAGACAGAUGGAUACCGUGCAUUGUGGAGAGGUCUCGGCCUCACUCUCUGGAGAGACGUGCCUUUCUCUGCUUUAUACUGGUGGGGCUACGAAUACGGCAGACAGACACUCCACACCGCAAGAGAAGGUCCCGCUUCUCACGAGCCUACAGGCAGCUUGAAGAACCGCGCAGUUAGCGAACUAGACCACAAGACUGUACUAGUAGACAGCUUCAUCGCUGGUGCAAGUGCAGGCGCAGUUGCCGCGUUCGUCACAACUCCCUUCGACGUCGGUAAGACUCGUCAACAGGUCGCUCGCCAUUCUACUGACGCUGCCUCAUCCGCUGCUGCAGGCGUCCGUCCUGAAGACAAGCUGAUGCCCCGCUUCUUGUGGCACAUCUACAAGACUGAAGGCACUGCCGGUCUAUUCAAGGGCUGGGCUGCACGUACCAUGAAGGUCGCACCCGCAUGUGCCAUCAUGAUCAGCAGCUACGAGAUUGGCAAGAAGAUGGCCGGCACCAUGAACGAGAAGACCGUCAAGGAGUCCACCUAA